CCUGGCGGUGAUCAUUGAGCUCCCGGGAGACUCCAUGGAGAGGGAAUGACAUGAAAUAGGACUUCAGACCGGAUCAUGGCGGCGCCUCUCGGGCGGGACACCUUACCUGAACACUGGUGUUACGGUGUCUGCGCGGACGGCAGAGUCUUCUUCAUCAACGAUGAGACGCGGACCACUACCUGGCUGCAUCCUCGCUCCGGUGAACCGGUAAACUCCGGACACAUGAUCCGCUCAGACCUACCUCGGGGAUGGGAGGAAGGUUAUACGGACGAAGGGGCCAGUUUCUUCAUCAAUCAUAACCAGAGGACCACAUCGUUUCGCCAUCCUAUGAGCGGACAGAUUUCUACAGAGAACUUGGAUUUUAUCCUCCACGAGCCGCCUCAGGGUGUUCGUAUGAUGUCCAAACACACGGGCGAGCAGCUGUCCAGCACCACCGUCAGCGAGGCCUCCACUGCCAUCACCUCGUCCACGGUGGACACGACGCCUGCCUCCAAGGGCUCUCGCUCCAGUGGCAAAGUGCACAGCUUUGGGAAAAGAGAUCAGGCCAUUAAAAGGAAUCCAAAUGUCCCUGUGGUGGUCCGAGGAUGGCUCUACAAACAGGACAGCUCUGGGAUGCGUCUCUGGAAGAGGAAGUGGUUCGUCUUGGCUGAUUUCUGUCUCUUCUACUACAAAGACAGCAGAGAGGAGUCGGUGCUCGGCAGUAUCCCUCUGCCCAGCUAUGUCAUUUCACCCGUGGGACCUGAGGACCACAUCAGCCGCAAGUAUGCCUUUAAGGCUAGCCACACUGGUAUGCGCUCGUACAUUUACAAGCAGAGCUCUGUGAUUGGCUCGCAGGCGGAACACACAGGGAUGCGGACGUACUACUUCAGCGCCGACACACAGGAGGAUAUGACCACCUGGCUGAGGGCCAUGAACCAGGCCACCAUGAUGCAGAAGCACACGGACACACUCAUCAGACCGUCUGAGAAUUUUGAGAAGUUGCAAACGGUGCAGCAACACGCUGUCCCACAGACGAACCACGUAAACAACCACAAGUCCAAAAUGCCAGACUCUGACACCAUCAGACCCAUUGUCCAUGAGGUUCUCCUGGAGCCGUUCCACCGCGAUGCAGACGACCGCUGCAGCUUCCACAAAGACUCUCCUGCCACCACCAUGUUAGGAAGCACACCCCUGGAAAUGGACACACACACCUCCCUCCCCUCUAAUCUCGCCCCCUUCGCCCUCCCGCUGUCAGACCACGUGUCGGCUUCAGCGCCCGUGUCCAGGGUUCCAUCUAGGGCACCGUCAAGAGCCGCCUCCACACUGCCCUCCAGUGUCUGUACGAGGAACGGCCUCGUGUCCACGCCCAGCCCCAUCCUGGAGCCGAACGGGAUAGCUGCUGGGACCUAUCAGAGGGCCCCCCCAGCGCCCACUGCUGACACACACAAACCGGUGCACAGGAGGAGCACUCUGGAGCAGGUGGAGCAGUGGGUCCAUGUCCAGAAAGGCCCCCCCUCCAGAGAGAACACCCUCCCCCGUCGCACACCACCAACCCAGCACAAGUUCACCUCCAUGGACUCCUACCAGACACUGCCAAAGACCCCUCGCCAGAGCCCCCUCCCCGCCCGACUCGGCGAGUACAAGUACGCCCAAGACCGCCUCAGCCACUUCCGCCUCACCCCAGAGCAGGGAGGCCCGGCGGCCAACACCGUGUGGCAGCUGUACGAGUGGCAGCAGCGACAUCAGUACCGCCACGGCAGCCCCACGGCACCACUCUACACCCCGGCCCCGGAUUACCCGUUCGGCCCUCGCCCACCUUCCACUGUGCCACCCACUGUAGCUAAGUCUGAAGGUGGACCCCGGUGUGUGUCAGUACCACCUUCGUCCGCAGACAUCCCUCCACCUGGUCUUCCACCCGGGAGCAGCAGAACCCUGUCGCCCACUCGCAGGCCGCACACGCCGGCUGGGCGGGUGACAGUCAGACCUGUGGGUGAUCGCUCAGUGGUGGACAUCCCCUUCACCAUCUCCCCCCGCAGGAGCAAAUCUCAGAUGCUCAAGGCUGCUACUAUUGACAGACGGUCAAUGCCUCCAUCUGGCUACAUGACACACACAGUCAGUGCUCCCAGCCUCCACGGCAAAACGGCUGAUGACACCUACAUGCAGCUGAAGAAGGACCUGGAGUAUCUGGACCUAAAGGUAGCUGGAAGUCAGACGCUGAAGGAGUCGGGGAAAGCUGUCAAGGUUGCAGAAAGUGAUGUGGAUGUGAAGUUGAGCCGCUUGUGCGAGCAGGACAAGAUACUGAAGGAUCUGGAGGCGAGGAUCAGCUCCCUGAAGGACGACAAGGACAAGCUGGAGAGUGUUCUGGAUCUGUCCCACCAGCAGAUGGAGCAGUACCAGGAGCAGCCGGCCCACGCCAGCAAGAUCGCCUACCAGCAGAGGCUGCUGCAGGAGGACCUGGUAACCAUCAGGGCCCAGAUUUCACGCCUCUCCACGGAGAUGGCACUCGCCUGGGAGGAGUACAGCCGACUGGAGCGAUCAGUGGAGCAGCUGAGGAUGGUGCUGCAGGCACACAUGAACCACAGCACCACCCACCAGCAGGAGAAAGCUGAUAUGAAGCGCGAGCUGUGGAGGAUCGAGGACGUGAUGGCAGGACUGAGUGCCAGCAAAACCAACUACAAGAUCACCAUCGACUCUGUCCAGAACCCAGAGAGGAAAUUAGUGCCUUCAGUGUCAGACUCGGCAGUGCCUUCUCCAAUCAAGGAGGUCCAGCCUCCUCCUCGCAGCUCCAUCCCCACCAUCGUCUCCUACACUUUGCCUCACAGCACUGUGCCAAAGUGGGCAGAGGAAAGCGCCCCUCCCAGGCCACCACUGCCUCGCCUCUACGACUACGAGGAGACGCCCCCUGUGGUGCCGCCUCUCCCCAAAGAGGCCUCGGUCAUCCGCCACAUGUCUGUGCGUGGGCUCAAACGCCAAUCAGAUGAAAGGAAAAGGGACCGGGAGAGCGGGCAGUAUGUCAUCAAUGGAGACUGUAAGCCCGACUUGCGGUCGUACUUGAGUGAACCAGAGCUGCCAGCGAUGAGCCACCACAGCGCCGGGUCUGAUGCUGACUACCAGUAUUUCCAAAGCCAAGGUCUGUCAGGCUCCUCAUCGCGGCUGAACCAGUCCAACUACAUCUCGUCCUAUGUCACCCUGAGGAGAGGAAGCUCUGCAGCCAGGUCUCACCAGGAGAGACCAAAGAGUGCCUUUGAGCGUCUGUCAUCGCCCACUGAAGGCCCGCAGCUCCCGGGCGCCCAGCCCCCAGGGAGAAUGACGGCGGAGGAGCAGCUGGAGCGGAUGAAGCGCCACCAGAGGUUGCUAGUCCGCGAGCGCAAGAGGAACCUCAGCCAGGGCGAACGUUCCUGCACGGGCCUUUCCACCUCCACCGUCACCACCCAGCGCUCCUCCUCCUCCUCCAGGCUGCCCUCCAACACAUCCGACCCUCCGGCCUCAGUGUUUGAUUGGCAGGUGGAACGACCUGUUGCAGAGGGUCAAAGUGAUGAAGGGUGGAAUCAAGUGAAAGACAGAGAAAAGAUCCAAUCAGAGGAGUGGGUGACGGUGAAGGCGCACAUACGAGAGGUCGACGUGGAGCCUUUCGAAUAUAACCUGGACAUCAGCCGAGAGCUGUCCAAACCUCAGAAAGUUGUAAUCCCAGAGCGCUACAUCGAGUCUGACUCUGAAGAGCCUCUGAGUCCGGAGGAGCUGGAGGAACGCUCGCACCGGGCCGAGCGCAUCAAGACCCUGCUGACCAAAUCCAGUGUUCAGAACAUUCAGCCGUCUGCACCGCUGGACUUCAGUGAGCUGGACUCGGCUCUGCAGCAGCAGGAGAGGAUCAGGAACGUGUCUCAGGUUCUGGCCUCUGAGGCGUCACGCAAAAGCAAACUGGUUGCAGACUGAGGGGCUGGAGAAUUGCGGCGAUAUUCUGAUCCAGCCAGAGCAUCUGCAGAGCACUGACCUGCAGGAACGAGCAACACAACACAACAGAUGAGGAUCUUCCAGAGGGAGAAGGAUCUGUGUGCAACUAACUGAUUCACCUGUAACCAAUCACUCUUUUUAGACACAUUUUAUAAGAGUUGUGAUUCAGAGUUUGGAAUAAGAAUCGAGUUUUCUUGCUUCUACACUUACACCACAAAAACUAAGUAACCAUAAUUUAUAACACAACUGAAUUAUUUGUUUUUUAAACUGAGAUGAUCGGCUUUGCUGUUUGGUCUGUAUUUUUACAAGUUUAUACAAGAAAUGAGAUGAAAGCCAAAAACCAAAGUGCUAACACUGUAGUAGGAAUGUUUUGACAUGAACCUUUAUUAUUUAUUGACACUGUUUAUCUUGAGUUUAGUUGAGCUGUUUGUUCAGCUUCUACUCUUUCUUUCUUAACUCUGUCACACAAUGACCACCUCCUGUCAAUCAACACAAAUACAGAACACUUUAAUACGAUUUAUAAUUUAAAAAAAACAUGAAAACGGUGAAGUCGUCAUAACAAAUAAAUAUUUGAUUAAAUGUUCAA